GUCACUCCACGUUUAUUUCGUGCGCCUUGUGGCUGGAGUGGGAAGAAAAGGAAAUAAUCGUUAACUUUGCCAUUCCCCCUGUCCGUAAGCGGGAAGACGGUACCCAGGGCGAGGGAGACCGGCGUUUGCCCGCCCCUCCUUCUCCCUCUCUUCGCCUGGCGCGUCCGGGAGGCGGCGGCGCCAAAGCUCGCCGAAACGGCGCUGGCGGGCCGGGGCCCCGCGCUGGCGGCUCCCGGGGGAAGCCCGGUUGCCAGGUUGGGUUUAACGCCUCCGCCCGCGCGCAGAUUGUCCCGGGCUGAAGGCGCCACCUCUGGCGCUCAGGCGCAAGCCACCCCUCCCGCGCGGCGGUCCUCCCCCUCCCCCGCCGUCUCUCAGCACCUCCUCAGCAGCCCCUCGGCUCCUUCUCGGCCACGCGCCUGCCCCAACCUCUGGCUGGCUUCGGAGCCUGCAGGCACUGAAGGGAGUGCAGGGUGUGGAUCGCUGCCCCAGCCCGGGCCGCCGCCUCCGAGCAGUCGGCACCGGGAGGCGGGAGGCACAAUGCAGGCGUGCGGGGGCGGCGCGGCCGGCCGUCGGGCCUUCGACAGCAUCUGCCCCAACAGAAUGCUGGCACUGCCGGGCCGGGCGCUGCUCUGCAAGCCGGGGAAGCCGGAGAAGAAGUUCGCUCCUCCGCGGAAGUUCUUCCCCGGAUGCACAGGCGAGAGCCCGGUGUCGGUGUACGAGGAUCCCCCGGACGCCGAGCCCACAGCGCUGCCAGCCCUCACCACCAUAGACCUGCAGGACCUCGCUGACUGCUCUUCGCUACUCGGGUCCGACGCGCCGCCUGGUGGUGACCUGGCCGCCUCGCAGAACCAUUCCCUCCAAACGGAAGCAGACUUCAAUCUGCAGGAUUUCAGAGACACGGUGGAUGAUCUCAUUUCAGACUCAUCCUCUAUGAUGUCGCCUACCCUGGCCAGCGGAGACUUCCCCUUCUCUCCUUGCGACAUAUCACCAUUCGGGCCCUGCCUCUCCCCGCCACUGGACCCACGGGCCCUGCAGUCACCACCGCUGCGCCCUCCAGACGUGCCCCCGCCUGAGCAGUACUGGAAGGAGGUGGCGGACCAGAACCAGAGAGCGUUGGGAGACGCGCUUGUUGAGAAUAAUCAACUGCACGUGACAUUGACCCAGAAACAGGAGGAGAUCGCCUCGCUCAAGGAGCGGAACGUGCAGCUGAAGGAACUCGCCAGCCGAACCCGGCACCUGGCCUCGGUGCUGGAUAAGCUGAUGAUCACACAGUCCCGGGAUUGUGGGGCGGCGGCCGAGCCCUUCCUGCUCAAGGCGAAGGCCAAAAGGAGCCUGGAGGAGUUGGUCAGCGCUGUGGGGCAGGAUUGCGCGGAAGUGGACGCCAUCCUGAGGGAGAUUUCCGAGCGCUGCGAUGAAGCCCUUCAGAGCCGCGAUCCCAAGCGGCCCCGACUGCUGCCAGAACCCGCGAACACUGACACCAGGCCCGGGAACCUGCAUGGCGCCUUCCGGGGGCUGCGCACAGACUGCAGCCGGAGCGCGUUGAACCUGAGCCACAGUGAGCUGGAGGAGGGCGGCUCCUUCAGCACCCGCAUCCGCAGCCACAGCACCAUCCGAACCCUCGCCUUCCCCCAGGGCAAUGCCUUCACCAUCAGAACAGCCAACGGGGGUUACAAGUUCCGCUGGGUCCCCAGUUGAGCUGUGAUGUGGUCCCCCAAAACACUGCCCUGUGUUUCCACUGAAGUGCCUGGAGGCUUCCCAGAACUUUGCCUUCAGGUUGAAUGCCACCCUGAAACAUUUUUUCAGGAACAAAAGCAUCUUGAUACCGAUGCAUCGUAAAUUUCUGCUACAAAACAUUGUAUAGCCCCUCCCCUUGUCACAGUGAAACUCUGUGUAUAUAUGUAUAUGUCACAUAUGUCACAGCCAAUUUUAAAAGUAUUUAUUUUAGCAGCUUUGAAAUAUGUAUUUUUAGAGCAGGGAAGGAUUUAGAAACCAUAGUUACUUUUAUAAUUAUGUAAUGCUCUAAUAUUAUAAGAAGGAAAAGAAGGCUCUAAGAGAUUAAGUAAUUUCCUGCAAUGGGAAACACUGGAACCUUUCAAUCACUUUAACUAGUCACUUAAGGACUCUAGGCCCAGAAGCCUGGUUUCUGGGUGAAUGUUUUUAUACAUCACUCAACUUCCCUCAGUCCUAAAAGGACACCUAAUUUUGUUACUAUUGAAAAUUUUUAUUUUGGUGGCCAGAAUACGAAAUCGGGAGAGGUAACCCAAACAGUUGUCUUAGGAAAAGGCAGAUUCUCAGAGGCAAUGGGCUAUCAACAAAAUAGGUGCUAAGCACAUUUGUUUGUAAUGAUCAUUCAUAUAAUUUAGAAGAUUUAUGGUAACAGUUUAUAUUCAUUAUCCAUACAGUUCUAUUUGUGCAAAUAGAAUAACCACCUACAAGCAAACAGUGUUAAUGAGAAAUAUAUAUUGUUUUAAGAAAAUAGCAUAUACCGCAUGAAAAAGAGUGUUCCCCUUUUUUUUUUUUUUUUUUUCCAGAAAUCAAGUGUGGAAGUCUUGAUCAAAGUAAAACUACCUAUUUGAACUGCACAGAUAAAACUGGGGUGCACAGUCAUAUUUUACAUUUCUUGGCUUGAUUUAUAUAACUUGUAAGAAAAACUUAACUAUAAAAAGUCAGUGUGCCUUCACUUUGACUUGACUUCUAUUCCCUUUUGUCUGGGAUUCUUUUUCCUACUCAUUUCUGAAAUUAUAUGAGUGGCAUAUGUCAAGUAGUGAUUUGUCCUGACCUUCACAGUUCUUAACAUGAGGUCUACUUCUUGCACUUGGGGGCCCAGCUUGGGCACGUUUCCAGCUGUGUUACGCCACACUGCAUUGCUGGUUCUGCCCUCUGAGAGGAGAUAUCAGGUAACAGGUGACUUGGCAGUGUGGCAGAACCUGCUCUUCCAGUUUGUCAUGUAUGUACUGCUAUCUGUAUUUAAAUAGCCAUUUAGAAACCAAAAAAAAGGUGAUAAAAUAGACCAUAUUUCCUCAUAUUUUGUCUAACAAAUGGACUCUUAAAAAGUACAGUGGAUGGCCCAGAAUUUUUUUUCAUCAGCUCAAAUAUAAAGUUACCACAGUUCAGGAUAAGAAAAAACAAAAAAUCACUUCCCCCCAACCUCUUAACCUGUCCCCCAAAACAAUCAGCUUGUCAUGUCUUUUCCUCUCUCCUUAAUGAGUAUUCUUAUAAUGCUUUAAUAACAAAUAACCAAAAAGUUUUAAAUAUAUAGGUUUUUUUCUG